GUGCUGCCAGCGGGGUCGCCGUGCCCGUGCCCGUGCCGCGCCCGCCCCCGGGCGCGCCCGCCUCGUCGGCGCGGGAGGAGGCGGCGCGGAGCAGCGGCGGCGCUCGGGCGGGGAUGGCGUCUCCGGGAGCGCUGGAGCCGGCGACCAGCAGCGUGCCGGGCACCAAGGUGGAGCUCACCGUGUCCUGCCGGAACCUUCUGGACAUGGACACCUUCUCCAAGUCUGACCCAAUGGUGGUCCUCUUUGUGCAGGGCUCAGGAAGCAGCGAGUGGAAGGAAUUUGGGCGCACUGAGGUGAUUGACAACACUCUGAACCCUGAUUUCGUCCGCAAGUUUGUCCUUGAUUACUACUUUGAGGAGAAGCAAAACCUCCGCUUUGAUGUCUACAACGUGGACUCCAAGACCUGCUCCAUUUUAAAGCAGGACUUCCUGGGGCAGGCGUUUGUGGCACUGGGGGAGGUGAUUGGCUCCCAGCGAGGCCGCCUGGAGAGAGCCCUCACGGGGGUCCCAGGGAAGCGAUGUGGGACCAUCUUGCUGCUGGCUGAGGAGCUGAGCAACUGCCGGGACAUCAUCACCAUGCAGCUGUGUGCCAACAAGCUGGACAAGAAGGACUUUUUUGGAAAAUCCGACCCCUUCCUUGUCUUCUACCGCAGCAACGAGGAUGGCACCUUCACCAUCUGCCACAAGACAGAGGUGGUGAAGAACACGCUCAACCCAGUGUGGCAGCCCUUCACCAUCCCCGUGCGUGCCCUCUGCAACGGCGACUAUGACCGGUAUGGGGGUGGGGACAGGGACAGGAAGAAGGGCAGCUGUGGGGCCAGAGCAAGGACAGUGAAGAUAGAUGUCUACGACUGGGACCGGGAUGGGAGCCACGACUUCAUUGGGGAGUUUGCCACCAGCUACCGGGAGCUCUCCCGAGCACAGAGCCAGUUCACAGUGUAUGAGGUGCUGAACCCCAGGAAGAAAUGUAAGAAGAAGAAAUAUGUGAACUCUGGCACCGUGACGCUGCUGUCCUUCUCCGUCGAGUCUGAAUUCACCUUCGUUGACUACAUCCGGGGCGGGACACAGCUGAAUUUCACCGUUGCCAUUGACUUCACGGCCUCCAACGGGAUGCCGUCACAGCCCACUUCGCUGCACUACGCCAGCCCCUACCAGCUGAGUGCCUACGCCCUGGCACUGAAGGCAGUGGGGGAAAUCAUCCAGGACUACGACAGCGACAAGCUCUUUCCUGCCUACGGCUUUGGCGCCAAAGUCCCACCUGAUGGCAAGAUCUCCCACCAGUUUCCUCUGAACAACAAUGUGGACAAUCCCAGCUGUGCCGGCAUCGAGGGUGUGCUGGAGUCCUACCUCCAGAGCCUGCGCACCGUCCAGCUCUAUGGUCCCACCAACUUCGCCCCUGUCAUCAACCAGGUGGCUGGGACGGCUGCCCAGGUGACUGAUGGCUCACAGUAUCAUGUCCUCCUCAUCAUCACUGAUGGUGUCAUCUCUGAUAUGCUGCAGACCAAGGAGGCCAUUGUCACCGCUUCUGCCUUGCCCAUGUCCAUCAUUAUUGUGGGAGUUGGUCCAGCUGAGUUCGAGGCCAUGGAGGAGCUGGACGGUGACGAUGUACGGGUGUCUUCCCGGGGGCGCUACGCUGAGAGGGACAUCGUACAGUUUGUGCCCUUUCGGGAUUAUGUGGAUGACUCAGGAAACCAGGUGCUGAGCAUGGCCCGCCUGGCCAAGGAUGUGCUGGCUGAGAUCCCUGAGCAGCUGCUCUCCUACAUGAAGACCCGUGACAUCAAGCCUCGCCGGGCAGACCCUCAGUAGUGGACCCCCAGUAGCUCCUCCAUGGGCCCUGGGGCCAGCUGGUGGGGCAAGGACAUGUCACCUUUCUCUGGCAGUGGCCAGGGUUAGGGUUAGGGUUAGCGAUGUGGUCCCUCCAACGGCAAUAACUGCAGCUGAUGAAUGGGGCUGGGACUCUCCUCUUCUAGCAGUGACAUCACGGGGCUAAACGUCCCUGGACACAAAGCCCCAGCACAACGGGGCCGUCUCGGACUGUACUGUCGCUCAGCCGCGGCAGCUUGGGCAGGGCCAGUGCCUGGGUACAGGCUGUUGGGAUGCCACGUUGUGUCCCCCACGAGCGGGCAGCCUGGCUCCCUGUCUUGGCGAGAAGGAGGAUAACUCUAGGGCUGGGUGCAUGCCGGGGGUCCCAGCUCUUGGCAGCUCCUUGGCGCAGGGGGCUUCACCCCGCUCCUGCCUGCACCCUGUUCCUGCCUGCAACCUGCUCCUGCCUGCAUCCCGCGUGCUAGCAUCCCGGUCCUCUGGUUCUGGCUCCCCGCAGCCUGUCCCACAGCUUGUCCCGCUCCGCAAGACCCUGGCCCCAUAGCCCAGCAGCGCCACAGAGCUGCCACAGCUCGAGUGCCACAAUCCGGGGGUGACACGAGUCUGAGCCCCAUAGCUAUGGGGUCCCACAGCCGGGAAAUGCCAGGGGUCGGGCUCUGUAUCGCAUUACCGAUUGUAAAUAAACCGCU